AUGGCCGGCCACCAACGCGCUCCUUCGGCCUCGUUCAAGAGCAAGCCGCGUCUCUCGCCCGUCCCACUGCGAGACAUCAUCAUUUUGCGGCUGCUCAAUGCCCUGUAUCUGGCCACCUUUUUCCAGCCCGAUGAGUUUUUCCAGGCGCUGGAGCCGGCUUGGCGCCUGGCCUUUGGGCCCGGAAGCGGCGCGUGGCUCACAUGGGAAUGGCACAACCAGCUGAGGUCGUCUCUCCAUCCUCUUCUCUUCUCGGGUGCAUACAUGGCUGCAGAUCGUCUAUCCGCCAUCUUUCCUCCAGGAAAUGCCAUCCGCUCUGCCGCAGUCAUUGUUUCUCCUAGGAUCUUGCAAGCCAUCAUCGCUGCUCUAGGGGACUGGUACACCUGGCAUCUUGCUUCGAAUGUGUAUGGCUCUGAUAGUAACGCUUCCUUCUUUGCUCUCUUCAUGCAACUUCUGAAUCCCUGGCAAUGGUAUUGCUCUACAAGGACGUUUUCCAACUCUCUCGAGACAACCCUUACAGUCAUGGCCCUCUGCUACUGGCCUUGGCAGCUCGUUGGUGUUGCCCCCUAUUCCAUCAAGGAGAAUUCCAAGCCUUUCAACGUCCUGCGCGGCAAACUCUGGCGCCUCCGAGCUUCGCUAUGUCUUGCUGCCUUGGCCGUCGUUUUACGGCCCACCAAUGUUCUUAUUUGGCUAACCAUCGUCUUUGUGGCUCUGACGAGAGUAACCCUUCAAGGGAACUCGCCCUUGACCUUCUCUACCAUCUUGGUUCUAUUCAGAGAAGCAAUUCUAUGCGGGUCUCUGGUGGUGGGCUUGUCCAUUCUCGCUGACCGAUUCUAUUUUGGAUUCUGGGCCUUCCCGCCUUACAACUGGCUCACCUUCAACAUCUCCAAAUCACUUGCUGUCUUUUACGGUCGCAACCCUUGGCACUACUACAUCCUUCAAGGCAUACCUCUGCUUUGCACCACAAGCAUCCCUUUUGUCUUGCCAGCACUAUUCAAACCUGUAUCUAAGACAGCUGAUCAGGCCAACGUACUUCGGACGCUCUCCUACGCCGUUUCAAGCACCAUUAUUGCUCUUUCACUCAUCUCUCACAAAGAAGUUCGCUUCAUUUAUCCUCUCCUUCCAAUCCUUAGCGUCCUUGCCGCCCCACGGGCCGCGUCCUUCUUCACUUCAGUCACACGAACAAGUCCUCCUCCCUCUAUUUCCUCCGCGGCUCAAAUAUCUGCAUCUCAGCCCUCCGGAACAAAGUCACCAGCUGCUCGCCGUGCUCGCCUCCGCAACAAGCCUCUUCUCUUUACCGCCUUGGGGAUCAACAUUAUCCUUGCCGGCUAUCUCUCUUUCCUGCACCAACCAGCACCCCUUGGCGUCCUCUCAUUCCUCCGACAAGAAUAUGAACGUAUUCAUCCCUCUGCUGUUCAUCACGCUCAUCUAACCCGCUACGCCAAUGCCACGACAUCUGCUGACGACACUAAGAAAGAAGAUCUCUUCGCUCUUUUCCUGAUGCCGUGCCACUCCACCCCUUGGCGCUCACAUCUCGUCUAUCCAGGGCUAUCCGCCUAUGCGCUCACCUGCGAGCCCCCACUCCAUACCCAGCCAAACACUCCGGAACGCGAAUUUUACCGCGACGAAGCAGAUCGCUUCUACGACAAUCCUAUCCCAUUCUUACGCGAGGAACUCUUUGCCCAUGAAAACCCCGUCGUGCCUGUCCCCCGGUACAUUGUCGGAUUUGAAGGCAUAGAGCCUUGGCUAGGCGAGUUUUUGAAUACUCCUGAGGGCAAACAACUAGGUAUAACACAGUUAACCCGCGUAUGGGCGGGCUUCAAUGGAUUUUUUAAUGAAGAUUGGAGGAGAGCGGGGUAUAUGAUUGUUUGGGAUACGGGGGCGUACGAGGGAUCCGUCACAAUGGCCUAA